UUCGGUAUCACUGGUGGAACCAAAUAACGUACGCUCUUCGUUUAGUAUUGCACUUUCAUUCACAACUAUUAGCACGGAUUUAUAUAUUAGCAAAUCAAGAUUAGACAAAUAAUAAAUAAUAUAAACAAAAGUUGUUUGACCGGGAAAGAUACACAAAAGUAGUUAACAUUUUAAUAAAAAGAAGCGGUUUUUAUUGACGUACAAAAGCAGAUUAGUAAAGAAAGAAAGGAAGGGCACAGCAAGCAAUACGCACAUAUAUUUAUGUAGAUAUUUAUAACAAAAAGAAAUAAUUAAAACUCGAUAUUCUUUCAAAAGUGCGUGCAGCAAUGGCGAGAAGAACACAGGUACACUCUGUGGAAUUAUCCGAUAAUACAGAAGAACUUGAAAGCCCUGAAACUAUAGAGUCCGGUUCUUUGGCUAUACAAGAUGAUUCUGUUAAAGAGCCUCAAAAAGAUUUAUGGGAGCGUCCUCAACCUACAUCUGCACCCGUUUUGCCCGAUGACGGCUCCACCAUAUUACGCUUUGAAAUUCAGCUAGCACGCAUAAUGCCUCCUGAUGGUGAAGAUCUUAAAGUGAAACGUUAUGUUGUCUACGAGUUAUCCAUUCGGCAAGAUUCAUCAAUUAUAGACCCACAGCCAGCAAGUAUUCAACGUCGUUAUACAGACUUUCGAAAUUUGUAUAACAGCCUUAAAAAAGAAUUCCCAAGCAAAAUGACUACGAUAUAUUUUCCGAAUAAAGUGCUUGUGGGAAAUUUCUCCCCUGAUUUAAUCGCAGAACGUAGUGCAGCAUUUGAAUCAUUCUUAACACAUGUCGCCAGCAGUAGUGCAUUACGCGAAACGACAGCGUUUUUAAAUUUUCUGCAAGAUAGUGAGCUAACUAAGGCAUGUCUGCUACUCGAUGAACGUCGCAAUGAAAUGGCUAUACCUUUAUUAGAAAAUUGUUUUCGUUUGUUAAAUAAAAUUUUCAUGGAUCGCUCACGGCCAGUACUACUAAUUUUGUGCCGUCUGGUUGCAGCUUGUACAAUGUCACCGGUGCCACAUCAUUCAGCCGAGCGUUGGGCAUCAUUAGCCCUGAGUCGUUACGAUACGCUGUGUGACAUAGAUCUGCUACAAUUGUACAUUCCGCUAUUGCACACAUGCACACAUCUAUGGUGGCAGCGUGGUUUAGAUCAAAAGCCCAUAACUGAUCGACUGGAGGAAAUGUCGAAAAAGGGUAUAAAUACAAAAAGUGCCCUUACACUUAUACAGGCUAUACACAAGUUGGAUCCACGUACAGAAACAAUAUAAGUAACAUUGCCCAUAAAUGUUUACAUAGUUAAGCAUACUACUAGCUGGUACUUGGUACACUCAUCCGUGCAAGAUUAUUUUUCAGUAGUAAAUAAGUCGAAAAGUGCAAUUGUUUACAAAAUUACCAAGAAAGAUGAUUAAAUUAUUGCAGGCAAUUUUAUUAUAGCGACUACUCGGUAUUUUAUUUAAAAUCGAGCAUACAUGCAUACAUACUACAUACAUAUAUGCGAUAAUUUCAAACAAAUGUGGUUCAUCUCGAAAUAAUUUAUGUUUUAUUUACGUAUACACUUAAAAUAUAUCAUGUCAAUUGUUUUUAACGAAUUUAUAAUAUCAACUUUAUUUUAAAUUAUAAAAAAGUAAUAUACAUUUUAAAGUAUUUUC